GCAUGCGCAGCACACGCCCCCCGUGUUGUUUGUGUUGUUGUCCCUCUCGGCGCUCCAGAAGGAAGGAGAGUUUUGCGCCGGCCGCCAUGUCCUCCCCUCAGGAGUCGCCUCACAACAACAACAACAACCCGCCUCCUGAAGGGACGCCCGCCGAGGCCGGGCUCAACAGCUCCUGGGUAGAGUUGCAAAUGAAUGGAAAUGGAAAUGGCAAUGACAAUGGCAACACAAAAAAUGGUGGCCUGGAGCAUGUUCCCUCAUCAUCCUCUAUCCACAAUGGAGACAUGGAGAAGAUACUUCUAGAUGCUCAGCAUGAGUCAGGGCAGAGCAGUUCGAGGGGUAGCUCCCACUGUGACAGCCCUUCUCCUCAAGAAGAUGGACAGAUAAUGUUUGAUGUGGAAAUGCACACAAGUAAAGACAAUAGUUCUCAGUCUGAAGAGGAACCAGCUGAAGGAGAGAAGGAAGUAGAUGUUCUGAAGAAAAGUGCAGACUGGGUCUCAGACUGGUCAAGUAGACCUGAAAACAUUCCUCCCAAGGAGUUUCACUUUCGGCAUCCUAAACGAGCUGUAUCUUUAAGUAUGAGGAAGAGUGGUGCCAUGAAGAAAGGGGGCAUUUUCUCAGCUGAGUUUCUUAAGGUGUUCAUUCCAUCUCUCUUCAUAUCUCAUGUCUUGGCUUUGGGACUAGGUAUCUACAUUGGAAAACGACUGACUACACCUUCAGCCAGUACUUAUUGAAAGACAUGAUGCACAAACCUGGAAAUCCUUUUCGUCUGUGAAGGUGUUACUGUCACACUAGUACAAUUGAACUUGAGGGAAUUUUAAGCAUGACUUCCCUUCCAAGCCUCCACCUUGUUUUUUUUUUUUUUUUAACAUAUCCAGGUUCCAGUAACUCUUGGAAUUCAGUAUUGGAACUCUGUGGAGGUGUUUUACUAGUCUUCUUUUCCUUUUCUCUCGCCUCCUUCCACAUCCUGCAAAAGACACAUCAGAGUUGCCUAACAGAGUUUACAGUUGCUUUAUACGUUUGCAAGGGCUUCUUUCAGUGCAGAUUGCCACCAGCAAAUUCUAAUUUUUAUCAAUGAGGCUGUUGUCUCAACUUUACUACAGCAGGAAGUAAUCUGCACAGUGCGUAAUUGAACUGUUGAAUAUAACAAUCUCUCUUUUCUCAAAAGAAUUUGAGAAUUAACCAAAAUUGGUUAUAAAAAAAGAUGAACUGAAACUUAUUGGUUAUUUUUUUCCUAAAGUAAGAACUGUACGUAAAUAAAGUGUGGCUUUAUUUUCCAGUUCUUCCAAUGUUUUUACUUUGUCAGGAGGCAAGAACUGCACACAAAAAAAAUCAAAGCAGGAUAAAAAUUGACUCAUCAGCAACUUUUAAUACUGAAUAACUCUCAUUAUCUUUUAUAUGGAUACAGUUGGCCUCCAUGUUCGCGGGGGUCAGGAGCACAGGACCCCCACAAACGUGGAGAAAAUGUGACUAUCUCUUGGUCCCGCAAACUGUAUUCAGUACACACAAAAAUGCCUGUGUUGGUGGGUUGGCUGAGCUGUGAUGUGUGCUUUCCCCUCCGCCAGUUUGAUUUCCUCCCAGCGACCAAAGAUCUGACUACAGACUGACUUAACCGAAUGCAGAUCAAGAUGGACAACGGUGUCAUCAGAGUCCCCAUUAAAAGUGGUGAAAGGCAGCGGCAGAACUGACAGCAAACAAUCCGCAAAUAAUCAGAUCCACAAACAUUCAACUCGCAAAUGUGGAGGGACGACUGUAGUGACUUGUAUCUCUACUAGAAAUUCCAAUACAUCUAUACAAUUUUUUUUAUUUUUAGGAUUGCAUUAUUUGCAUGCGAAGAAGCUUCUAGUAUUCUUUGGUGUUUUAUUGAAUGAAGACUCUCCUUUUGAAAGUAGUUUGAAUUGAUUUUUUUUUUAGUAUUUAGAGUCCACAUAAAAUGGGAACAUUCUUGCAGUUUUAUGAAACACAGUUAAAUCUCUGGUUGAGUUUCAUUACUGCCGUUUUUUAUUUAUAACCUCUUUGGAAAUAUCUGAAGUCCUAAGGACCUAUCACUACUAGGCAGUGCAAGUGGUAACUUGAAUAGCUAUGUAGCAGUAUUUCAAAAGCAAACACAACCUGGUUUUCCUUCCCCGAGAUCCGAAACACAGAUCCAAAUUUCUUUCCACAGAUAGACACAAGCAGACAUCUCUCAGUCGAUCUGCAUUGGAUUCUGGAACAUGUAAUAUGAUUCCGAAUGAUAGUUUACUCUCUUUUAUAUAUAUAUGUAUAUAUAUAUGACAGACUUUAAUACUACAUAUUUAGGAACACAUUAUUAACUUUAAAACUAGCAAAAUUCCAGUCACCAUAGGCUGACAGUGAAACCAGACAAAAAAUCAGUGACCAGACCUGUGGAAACAUGCUCAUUUUCCCUGUUUUGCAUCAGACUACUGAAAGUUUUGAAAGAGAAAGGUUUGGCUAUUUGAGCAUGUUCACUAGCGUCAGUGGAAAUUGGUGAAACAGAGAAGGUAAGCUAUGGCAUACAUUCCUCACAUAUAUUAUUAACUCCAGUGCUCAAAAUCCUAUUGAUGACUUAUGCCUGGGUAAUAUGCCAUUUUGCUGUAAUAACAUUGCUAAAGAGAGAUCAUGCACAGAUCUGGAGCCAAUAGGGCAGCUUUCUCUUCUGAUGGAGAUGGAUUUCGUUGCCUUUGUAGCAGAAAUGGGCCAUUUUGCCUCUGCCGACAACGGUGUGGUUAUGGCAACGUAACAGGAUUGUGAUUCUGCAACACACAAAAAGCCUCUCUUAUUGCUUGAUUCUGUUAUAAUGUCUGAGAACACCCCCCGGCCCACCGCUCUCUUUGAAUGGCAGCACUUACAUUGCUUGCAAAUAUGUUUUUUUCCUGGUGUGAGUAAUUUUGAAGUGAUUAUAUGCAUUAAGGCAAUAGUGCCAAAUUUGUGGCCUUCCAGGUGUUUUGGAUUUCAGCUCCCAGAAUUCCUGGCCAUUGGACAAGCUAGCAAGGGCUUCUGAAAGUUGGAGUCUGAAACUUCUGGAGGGCCACAUGUUGGACACCUCUGCAUUAAGAGUUAUUCUUUUUUUUUUUUUUUGAAAGAUCAGACAAUACUGAAUAGUAUUAAGAGCCUGAUAGUACUUUCAGUGUUGAUUCUUGUAAGUUGUUUUGUAAAACCCAGUGGAACGAUAUACCAUAUAUCUAUGUCAGUAGUUCCCAACCUUUGGGCCUCCAGGUGUUUUGGACUUCAACUCCCAGAAAUCCCAGCCAGCUUACCAGAUGUUAGGAACUGUGGGGAUGAAGUCCAAAACACCUGGAGGCACAAAGGUUGGGAACCACUGAUCUGUGGAAUUGGGACCAUGUUACAAAGUGAGACAAAUAAAGCUUUGCUCCUUUCCAAAUUAUACAAUGGUUAAUCUGCAGGUGCUGUGUGAAAGAUUGAUCCAUCUACAUGUGUGACUAAACACCUUUGCUACUGUUUAUCAAGCAGCUGUGAGAUUAAAAUGGAUGAUGAGUUUGAGGAUUUGAUUUCUUGGCCAUUGUUGCAGUGCAGUGAUAUAAAUCAGUAUUUAUUACCAUAAUAGCUAACAGUAAGCUUGAAAGAGCAUGAGUUUUUGUUUUGUUUUACUUUGAAGUGGACUAGUUCACUAUAAUUUGAAGAAGGGGGGUUAUCAAACAUAAAAGUUUGUUAAAAUGAACAUUGUUAAAUAGCUUUAUACCUGUUUACAGUUUUUUGGGGGGAAACAGGUCUUGUUUUUCAAGCGAUCAGUGGAAAAAACAGGGCUUGAAAUGUUUGUACAUAGGAUCAAGCAAAAAUGCGUAAACUCGCACAUUAAAAAGAAUGCAGCAGGUUGAACUGCAUCAUGAGCUAAACGAAAAACCCAUCUAUUUACUAUUUUUAAAAAACUGAAAAGCUCUGUUGGAAUUAACACUUUUUUAAAAGAAAAAAAAGACAUUGGUGAAAUUACUGUAGUUAACUGAGCCAAAGUAAUUAAGUAUUCUUCAUAAUUAGUUAGCACUUUGUUACAUUAUUAUAUACAGUUUACAGUACUUGUAUAAGUUGUAGUUCUAAACAUUUUGUGCCAUUAAAGCUGUCCUAAAACUGAA